AUGAAAAUGGUAGCAAAAGAAGACAUAGAAGAAGGCCAAGACUUAACUCCACCUCUCUCUCCUCUCUCGUACUCUCUUCAGAACUCCAUUCUCUCCUCCGCUGAUCUCAGCGCCGCCUUCCGCCUCCUCUCCCUCUUCCAAUCCCCUCCCUCCACGUGUCCUCAACCUCGUCUCUUCGGCUUGUUGACCAACCGCGAUAAAUUGUUGUCUUCGGAGGAGCCGGAUGUUUUGUUAAAGAUUCGUGACGGGGCGAGGGAGUUGGCGAAGGCGAGAGGAAACUUCUCGGACGAUGUCGUUUUAGAGGAGGCUGUGUUGUGUUUGGUGAUGACGAAUGCCGUUGACGUCCAGGAUAAGAGUGGGCGCAGUUUAGGAAUUGCCGUGUACGAUAAGGAAUUCUCUUGGAUCAAUCAUAGUUGCUCUCCAAAUGCUUGUUACAGGUUCUUGCUUUCCGAGACAAACAACACGCCGGCGUUUCAUUACCAGCCAAAGAUGCGGAUUGUUCCUCAUGGAUGGCAGCUAAAUUUUCUCACUUGGAAGGCAUAUCAGUUAAAUUUCCUCCCAAUCAAGUGGCAAUCAGAAACAGAGCAAAGCCUCGGUCGAGUUCAACUGAGAGGAAUUGAGAUGGAGAUGAAAAUGGUAGCAAAAGAAGACAUAGAAGAAGGCCAAGACUUAACUCCACCUCUCUCUCCUCUCUCGUACUCUCUUCACAACUCCUUUCUCUCCUCCGCUGAUCUCAGCGCCGCCUUCCGCUUCCUCUCCCUCUUCCAAUCCCCUCCCUCCACGUGUCCUCAACCUCGUCUCUUCGGCUUGUUGACCAACCGCGAUAAAUUGUUGUCUUCGGAAGAGCCGGAUGUUUUGUUAAAGAUUCGUGACGGAGCGAGGGAGUUAGCGAAGGCGAGAGGAAACUUCUCGGACGAUGUCGUUUUGGAGGAGGCUGUGUUGUGUUUGGUGAUGACGAAUGCCGUUGACGUCCGGGAUAAGAGUGGGCGCAGUUUAGGAAUUGCCGUGUACGAUAAGGAAUUCUCUUGGAUCAAUCAUAGUUGCUCUCCAAAUGCUUGUUACAGGUUCUUGCUUUCCGAGACAAACAACACGCCGGCGUUUCAUUACCAGCCAAAGAUGCGAAUUGUUCCUCAUGGAAAGAUUGAUGUCUGUAGCUCUAGUGAACUAGCACAAGGUUGUGAGACAGAUGAUGGUCCAAGAAUUGUCGUUCGGAGUAUAAAGCGGAUAAAGAAAGGCGAGGAGGUGACUGUUGCUUACACUGAUUUAUUGCAACCCAAGGAAAUGAGGCAGGCAGAGCUGUGGUCGAAGUACCAGUUUGUCUGUUGUUGUAGGCGAUGCACUGCAUCACUCCCAACUUAUGUAGAUCAGCUUUUGGAGGAAAUUUCUGUUUCUAAUAUGGAGUUUAUGAACUUGAGUUCGGAUGACAACUUACUUAUGGAUGAGGCAGAUAAAAAAUUGAAUGAUUACAUGGAUGAAGCUGUAACCGAGUAUUUAUCGGCUGACGAUCCUGAAUCUUGCUGCAAGAAGCUUGAGAACUUGCUUACCCAAGGUCUGCAGGUUGAGAAGUUGGAAAGCAAGGCUGGAAAAUCACAGCUGAAUUUCAGGUUGCAUCCCCUGAACCAUCUAUCUCUGAAUGCAUAUACCACACUAGCCUCUGCAUAUAAAGUCUGGUCAAUUGACUUAUUAACUCUCUGUUCUGACACUGAUGGACAUCACUGGGAAGCUUUCAACAUGAGCAGAUCUAGUGUAGCAUACUCGUUAUUGCUUGCUGGUGCUACUGACCAUCUGUUUCGAUCCGAAUCCUCUCUGAUUGCAUCUGCUGCAAAUUUCUGGGCAAAUGCAGGGGAGUCCCUAUUAACACUUGCUAGAAGCUCAGCAUGGAAUUUGAUUGUGAAAUCAGGGUUAUCCGCUUCAAAAUUUUCCCUUCAGAAAUCUAAAUGCUGUAAUUGCUCAUUGAUUGAUAGGCUUGAAGUGGAUUCAUUUAUACGUCAAGCUCAAAGUGCUGGUCUUAAGAACAUAUCCAAUGAGCUUCUUGAUUGUAUCUCAAAUUUGACUGGUAAGGUUUGGAGUUCCCUAAUACAUGGGUGCCUGCACUUACAAGUAAUUAAAGAUCCCAUUAAUUUCAGCUGGAUUGAUAAAUCUACUAAUGUAUCGGAUUUUUGCACUCAUUCAAACAAAAGUUGCUGGACAGCGGAAAUUAUUUCCAGACAGAAAUCAGAGCGGUAUACGAAUGAAGAAAGGGUGAAUAUCUUUCUGCUUGGUGUUCAUUGUUUAUUUUAUGGAGGAUAUCUGGCAAGCAUAUGUUAUGGUGAGUAUUCCCAUUUGGCUUCUCAUCUUCAAAAUGUUUUAUAUGAUGAAGAUAAUUCAAUACAAUGAUUCAUGAAUGAAUCUGAAUUGAGACGAAAUGUAUUAUAUGAAUUGCUUCUGUGCAUAAACCAAGAGUCUUCCUAGUUAAUUAGAAUUGCCUUCUGGAAUUUGAGUUUGCCAUUGCAGUAUAUUAGAUCAAUAACUUCACAAUUAUGUAGAGUGGAGGAUAAAAUCAUAUUUUAUAGUUCAUUUACGUU